UGUGUCAACACACGGAUGGUUCUGCAUCUGGUGCAUCUCUGACGUGCAGCUGGAUUCUGAUCGAGAGCUGCAGUGACGGAGCGAGCUCAUCAGUGCUGGAUAACACACCAGCUUCGCACCAGUAUCCACUUCACUGCUAUUAACUGCUGGAAUAAAAGAAGACAUGAAUCAGACCGCUGGAGUGUCCAACCAUUGCCAGAGGCGCUCAUCCAUCGAUGUGAAGGAUGUGGGAAGUGUUUCCACUGAGAUGAACUGGAAGGGAGUGGGAAUCUCACUUCUGGUCAUUGCGUUUGUGCUGUCGCUGAUCGGAUUGUCCAUCUUUCUGCUGUCUAAAGGUGAUGCUCACCACAUUCUGAGAUCCUGUCUGACCCUGGAUGACCUUUUCUCCAGUGAGCUGCAGGAUCAUGAUCUUGAAGCUCAGUGGGUUUCUGCUCAACGACUCGUCUACAAGGACAGAGACGGAGAUCUAAAGAUUCUGAACAUGGAGACCAAUCAGGAGGAGGUUUUAAUGAAAAACACCACAUUUGCAGAGUUCAAGGCCUCCAAGUUUGCUGUGUCACCAGAUCUCAACUACGUCUUACUGGCGUAUGAUGUCAGAGAGGUGUAUCGAUACUCCUACCUGGCAUCUUACUUGAUCUACAACAUACAAACACGGGAAGUGCACGAACUGAAUCCUCCGGAGGUCUCUGAUUGUGUUCUACAGUUUGCAUCAUGGGGAAAUCAUGGUCAACAGCUGGUGUACAUAUUUGAGAAUAAUAUUUACUAUCAGCCAGAUGUGAAGAGCAGUUCUCUCAGACUGACAUCAUCGGGGCGAGAUGGCCUCAUAUUUAAUGGAAUAACUGACUGGCUUUAUGAGGAGCAGAUCCUGCACUCUUCAGUCGCUCACUGGUGGUCUCCAUCAGGCUCCAGGCUGGCAUUUCUCACCAUCAACGACACUCUGGUGCCCAACAUGCAGCUGCCGCGUUUCACAGGGACGCUUUACCCUCGUGGACACCAGUAUCCAUACCCAAAGGCUGGACAGAAGAAUCCUGAAGUGACACUGUAUGUGAUCAACGUGAACGGAUCUACACACGCUAUACAACUCCUGCAUCCCGACAGCUUACAGAGAAGUGAUCUCUACAUCACCAUGGUCCAGUGGGUGACGGACGAGUGUAUUGCUGUACGCUGGUUAAACCGUCCUCAGAACUUCUCCAUUCUCACACUCUGCUACACACACACGGGGAAAUGUGUGCCGAAGCACAUCAUGAUAUCGGACAAAUGGAUUGACAGACAGAAUGAAAAACCAUCUUUCUCUAAAGAUGGAGAAACGUUUUUUGUGACAUCGCCUCUCAGAAGCGGAGGCCGCGGAUCCUUUAGACACCUUACUAUGAUGUCAGAGCAGCCUGAAGGUAAAGAGGUCAGCAUACGACACCUGACCUCCGGCACUUGGGAGGUCACAAAGAUCCUGAGCUAUGAUCAAAAGUGGAACACAGUAUAUUUUCUCAGUAAUGAAGCUGGAUUCAGUCACAGGCACCUGUACAGGGUCAGCACGGUGGAGCCGUUCCAUCACGAGUGCUUGAGCUGUUCUGUGUUUAAACCUCACUGUUCAUUCUAUGAAGCGUCAGUGAGUCCAGACAGACGGGCCGUCCUUCUGAACUGCAGGGGUCCAGGAAUCCCCAAAACUACUGUGCACCUUCUCAGCAACAUGAGCGAUCACGUGACUGUAGAUGCUCGUCUGGAGAUCAGAGAAUUUCUCCAAAAGAAAAAAACUCCAGUUAGACAAAUCAGGAAUUUACUGAUUAACAAUCAGGCACUGAGACUCGAGCUCAGCUUCCCUCCGCAGUUUGAAGAGAGUAAACGAUAUCCACUUCUGCUGUUGCUUGACUCUAACCCCGGCGGUCAGCAGGUGAGCGAGCGCUUCCGUCUGGACUGGACCGAUGAGCUGGUCAGCUGUGAUGAAGUGAUCGUGGCACGGCUGGACGGCAGGGGAAGUGGCUAUCAGGGCCAGCAGAUCCUGCAGGACGUUUAUCAGCAUUUGGGACUCGUGGAGACGGAGGAUCUGCGCUCUGUUUUACAGUAUCUGAUGGAGCAGCCGUAUAUUGAUGGAGGCAGAGUCGGGGUUUUUGGCAAGGUGUGUGUGUGUGUGUGUGUGUGUGCGCAGGCGUAUGGUGGGUUCCUGAGCUCUAUUCUGCUGCUCUCACAUGGACCUGAACUCCGCUGCGGCGCGGCUGUGAGUCCAGUGUUUGACUGGCAGCUCUACGCUUCAGCUUUUACAGAGCGAUACUUUGGGUUCCCUCUACAAAAUGAGCUCAAAUACAAGAUCUCCAGUCUCCCGCUGAACAUCACGCGCUCUGAGAACUUACGCUUUCUGAUUCUACACGGGACAGCAGAUGCGAACGUUCAUUUUCAACACACUGCAGAGCUAGUGAAGCUGCUGUCUGUGAUUAACGUCAACUACAGGUUACAGAUCUUCCCAGAUGAGGGUCAUGAUGUCAUCAGCAGGCGCUACAUGCUGCAUUCACUCGUCUCCUUCUACAGAGACUGUUUUGUUGACAAUCUACCUGUUCCAGUGGAAACCAGUGACGACGACUAGGAAAUCAUGAAAUUGUGACCAGUCUGCUGUCAUUUAUGCCGAUCUGACCUGAACAAAGAGACAGAGAGCGUUGAGUCUAAGGAUACGCUCCAAAUACUCGUUAGAUUUCUUAUUUAUACUUUUCAUCAUUUGUUCACACUAGCAUUAGUCUGUAUUUAGCAGCAGCGUGACUGAUGUUGAGUGUCACUCUAAACAAGCUGAAACAAAUCACUGUCAUUAAAAACAUCAAGUACUAUGGACAAUAUGGUUAUUAAUUAUAACUUACCAGUCUGAGCUCCCGCUGAAUCACUGAUCGUGAGUCCUCUGGUUUUCUGGGCUCUUUCUAAUCCUGAUUUAUCAGCCAUCCCAUCCUCUCCAAAAGAAUAAGACUGUAAACAUCAGCGAGUCAUUCUGUCAGACGAUGCUGAUUUCUUAUAUCAUUCACUGAAACUCACAAACUCUUCUACUACUGCAAUCUGACACAAUAUAAGCUGUUAUAUAUAAACAUUAUUACUGGGGGAAACUGCUGUGGGGGAAGAAAAUGCCUUUUUUGUCAUUUUUAUUCAAAUCAUAGCCUUAAAAUCUGCAUUUUUAUGACCUGAACAAAUAAAACAAAACUACAGCAUACAAAAACAUAUCUAUAGGUGUAUAUAUAGCAAUACAUCUUUAAUACUGAAUUGAUUCAACUAGUAAAACUAUAACAAACGUAGCUUUUUAAGGAGCUACAUGGUUAGUCUGCACAAACAGAAAUAAAAUAAAACUCACACUCCAGUGCAUUGUGUCUCGUCAUUAGUAAACAUACAAAUCAGAAAGACUUUAAAAAGUAUGUUUUUUUUUUCUGUCUCUGUAUAUGUUCAUGUAUAUCCAGUAUGGGCAUCAGCAUUUAUACUAAAGUAUUAACCUUAAACGUAACUGUUAAAAUCAUGUGUUUUGAACUUCAAAUACAGAAACACUUGCAGGCAAAUGCAGAAUCAGCUGAUGUUUCUGAUCGGCUGCCUUACAGAUAUUGAUUAACCUCAUUUGUAAGAGUCACAGGUUCAGUAGCUCACAAACCCGAGAGAUCUCUCAGA